AUGUAAGAGUCAGAAACAAAUUAAGUAAAUUAGUUAACAAGAGUAGAAUAAUCUAAUUCAGCCAGUUCAAAUAAACUUAUAAUUCCCAUUCUUAUUUAACCAAGUGUUAGUUAUUUAAAUUGGUAAUAACCUGAAUCUAAAAAAAAUAAAUCAUCCUUGAUUAUGAUUGGAACUACUUACAGUAAAUAAAAAUAACAUGAAUGUUGUCAAUAGUUAGAUUAAAUAGCAACUUCAUAAGGAAAAAACAUCUAAAAUUAAAUACAAAAUAUGAAUUAAAUGAAUUAACUUAUACUUGAUCACUCCAAAUUAUUAGAAGAUAUAACAACAAAAAACAAAGAUGAAUCUGAAAAAUAUAAAUCCGCUAAUGAUCAAUCUGAUGUUUAUAAAGAAAUUGCUGAAAAAGAAAGGAAAUUAAAAGAAUGCAAGGAAAAAUGUGAAAAAGAAAUUUAAUUUAAUCAAUAACGACUCAAUAAAAUUAAGUAAGCUUGAAUUAUAUAUUAGAGAUUUAAAUAAAACAAUAAUAGAACUUGAAGAAUAAUCUUAAAUGUCAAACUAAACUAUAUCUUUGUCUUCAGAAGUUGAAACAUGGAAAAAUAAAUAUCUAAAUCUUUUAAAAUAAAAUGAAGUAACAUAAAAUAGAUUUAAAGAGUAUUCAAAUGAAUUAGAAUAAUUGAAAUAAAACUAAUCUUUAAGGAAUAGCGAUGUUUAAGUUAAUUACAUAAUAAAUAUUAGUAAUCAACCACAACUGUCACAACAACCAGAAAAAGAGGAACCUUAAAACCAACAGAAUAAAUUUAAUUAUGA